AUGGUGGGGGCCUCAGACUCCAGAGAGUGGUGGAGACCAAAACCACUUUGGUCUAGCAGCACCGGGGAGUCAACUAAUAAAAUUAUGAAAUCUGAUCGCUGUGGCAUUGCAUGCUGCCGGCCAAUAUGCCUGGAGCCUUUGCGUGAUAUAAGGGCUUUCAUCGCGGCUGCGUGUUUUAUUUCCUGCUUACAGGCGUCAUUCUCCGGCUAUACCAGUUCUCAAAUAACGACAAUCGAGAAGCGUUUUGCAAUUGGAAGUAUCAUUAUCGGUCUUAUCAAUUCGUUCUUCGAAGUCGGAUACAUAAGUUGUGUAAUGAUUGUCAGUUAUGCUGGCUCCAAAGGAAGAGUGCCUCUUUGGAUAUCAUCCGGUCUUAUGGCAAUGAGCGUCGGAGCUUUCCUUUACUCUACACCCCACUUUGUCCUCCCACCACCUUCAUCAGCAUCUGAGAAGAACAUUGACCACUUAUGCCCUGAAAAUUUUUCGGAAAAUGCGAACAGUUGUAUUGAGGAUGGAGUCCAGGGAUACGAUUUUUUACCAUGUUUCUUGUUUGCACAAUUUUUGAUUGGCGCUGGUUCUACUCCUAUUCUCACGCUGGCUCCGCCAUUCGUCGAUGAUCAUGUGCCCCCUAACAAGGCACCUGCAAUGAUUGCAUCCCUUUACGCGGCAGCCGCUCUGGGUCCAGUGUUCGGCUAUGCGUUAGGUGCAAUGAUGAUCCAGUACCCUGCGGACAGAAUAACACGAAAAGACAUCACUCCUGAUGAUCCCAAUUGGAUUGGCGCCUGGUGGGCAGGCUAUAUUUGUCUCGGUGAGCACUUUUCAUCACAACACUGCCAAAUGCAUUCUAAGAUUUUUGAGUUUCACCUGAUUCUUUUGCAACAUCAACAUGUCACUUGA